AUGAACUUUAAUCACAUCUACAAAAUACCUUCACAGAAACUCCGAGUAGACAUACUAUUACAAAAAGAAACCUGGCAAGGCAAGAUUAUUUACAACCAGAGUCAAAAGAAUAUCCUCCAAGCAUGGUUUGAACAUGACCCUUACCCUGAAAAAGCUAACAGGAAACAACUGGCCAAGGAAAUUGGCAUUCCAGAAUCUAACACUCAGAUUUGGUUUAAAAACCACAGAGCAAGACAGAGCCGAUUGGGGUUCAGCUCCUCCUAGGAAGACCAAACCCAUGGACAGAACCAGCCUCAGCCUUAUACUCAAGAAUACUUACCAAAAGGAGCCACACAAGACCACACAUCGGUUCCAAGAUCUCAAUCAAACAUUCUAGUUCAAGCCUUCAAGAGGAACCAAUUCUUUGAUAUUGCAAACAGGAAAACACGCCAAACAGGCAUUCCAGAAUCGAGAAUUCAAAUGUGGUUUCAGGACCCAAGAUCUCUGUACCCUGGGCAGAGCACAAGUGAGCCUGUGAAUUCCUUGGUAUAUGGCCCAAAUGGGAGACCUGGACAAAGUGUCAUGAUGCAGCCCAUGCAGGCUGUGCAGAGAGGAGAGAACUCUCCCGCUAUUCUAACACUUGGGAAUUACGUGCCAGCACUGCUGACUAUGGGAGGAGACCCAGAUACUCAGUACCCCUUCUGGCCCCAAUACCAAGAACGCCAGGAUCACCAAGAACAGGCUGACAUGGGAGUACUGCAGUUGGAAGACUAUUCUCAGCCUCAAGCUGAGCACAAAAAACCACCACCACAGGAUCUGAGCCAGGUGGACAUAUCUUACUUUCUGCAGUGAUGGGAUGAGUGCUGCCAGGCUCUGACUGCAGAGCGGGAUCCUCAAAAAGGGACCCACUGA